ACAGAAAGAGAAGGAAAGGUGAGCCCGAGGUAGCAGCCAUGAAGAUGACAACGGAAACCAGCAGUUCUGGAAACUCUGAAAUCACCAUGGAUGAUGUAAAAAACCUUAUUAAGAAGAAGGACGAAAUUGAAGAGCAGAUAAAGGCUUAUUACGACGUGCUAGAAGACCAGGGAGUCGGAGUUGAAGGUCCCCUGGUUGAUGCAGAGGGUUACCCUCGAGCAGAUGUUAAUUUAUACCAAAUCCGGACAGCAAGGCACGAAAUUUCAUGCCUGCAGAAUGAUCACAAAGCCAUCAUGGCAGAAAUAGAAGAAGCCCUGCACAAGCUGCAUGCUCGAGAGAAAGCCAAGCGGGAGCUGGAUCAGGCCGAAGCCCAGGAGGAGGCGAUGGAGCAGCAGGUCACCCUGCCUCCUCCCUUUGCACGGGUGGACGCUGUGACAGAAGGCUCGCCUGCCUCUGGAGCUGGUCUCAGAGUUGGUGAUGAAGUCAUCGAGUUUGGUUCUGUGAACACGGGGAACUUUCAGAACCUCCAGAACAUUGCCUCUGUGGUACAACACAGUGAAGGGAAACCAUUAAGGGUGACAGUGAUCCGGGUUGGCCAGAAAGUUCACAUGAACCUGACGCCACAGCGAUGGUCAGGCAGAGGUCUGCUGGGAUGCAACAUUGUUCCAGUGCAGCGGUAAUCACCAUCACACUUUGCAGAGUUCACACUGUGGAAACCUUUCCACCACUUACAUUCUCCCCGAGUGGUUUUAAACUGACUUUGUGCAAACUGCAAAAAACCCAUCUGUUCUAAUGAGAACUGUAGUUUCCUUCACACAAGGACAGUCUUCAGAAUGGGAUACGUAAAAAUCAGGUGUCUUGCUGUUCAAGGGGUUGAGCUGAGUUUACUGAUUGAGAGCUGAAUAAACGUCGCUACCUUCUAGUGCUCUGAUUAGAUUUCUACGGGUUAGAGGAGUGGGCUUUUGGCAUUUAGAGUUCGUCCUCUUGUGAGUGUGGAUGCACUCAGCAAAUGUUAUUGCAAUUAGUCUGUUUGAUUAAUCUCUAUAUUUUGUGAAUGUGAGCAUUUUGGUUCAGGAUUGAUGAGAAAAAUAAAGAUAUUCAUGCCAAAAUCUGUA